UGCUGCUAUCGCUGCUAUUCGAGCUCGGCAAAGGCGGAACAAAUACCUGCACCCACCUUUCUGGGUAACGAGCGACGGAGCUGUUAUUGGUCAUCAUCACCAUCGGAGCGCGCCUGAAAAAUGUGUGUUACCCGAACGCGAGCAUACCGCGGUGAAGAUUUUUGUCCCGCGCGACUGGUGCGCGCUCAUCCAUUGGCAGAGCUAGCUAGGGUCUCCUUCCAAUGCUUCGACUUGAGGAUUGGUAAGAACCACCGCGGCGGCGCUUCAUAACAUUUGUCCCUGGUGCGGCUGAUUACACCGCACGUCGUCGUUUGACCACACACCACUAUCGCACCAAAAGCGCGAGCAAGCAAGCAAGCAAGCGAUUAUUCAGUCGUCGCUUGGAACUGGCCGGGUUGCAUGCAUGAUGGCAAUAUCAUCAGGCCGCCAGUUUCGUCGCGACUUUUGAGCGAUUAACAUGUGCGAUUAGCAAAACUCGAUUAGCCUCCAGGAAAGAUAUUGCUUGUGUUGGGCGAUAGUUUUGAUCGAUUCAAUCAACCAUUGUGGACGAAUCAAAAGCAAGAGAGGAGGAGGACAGUUUUGACACCUAAACGAACAGGAGCUUUGGAAAAUUGAUUCUGACAACGCGAGUGACGUUUGUUUUCGGUUCUAGAUUUGGAAAAGUGAUUCCGUGAGUGUGGGUUUUGGACGCGCCCGUGAAUAUCUGGUCGGAGCAACCAAAAUAUAUAGAAAAAAGAAAAAAAAACAGUAUCCGAAUCGAUCAAAAUUAGAGGUUACGCCGUAGUAAAACAAGGAAAAAAGUUCGCAAUAAAUAUUUCGAAAGUGGAUUCGAUGCGAUCGAUCGAGUGAGGGGGUGUGAUACGUGUGCUGUCCUGCUGUGUGUGUGUGAGGCUAUAGAGAAGUGUCGCAGACUGGCACCCCGCAGGUCGUUUGAAGAGUAACCUCGAGGAAAUCUAGUUCUGGUCGAGAAUCGGAGCAAUCCGUACGUGUGCAGAGCUGUUGCAGAUGUUCGCAGCAGCUGGUGUCGAAGAUUCGCGGAUUUACUAGCGACGGAAAUCGGUCGGAGGAGUACAGUGAUUGUUACGAUAGUGGAAUAGUUUUAAGUGAAUAAGUGAAGGAAUUUUAAGAAGAAACUACAAGUUAAAGUUAAUUAGUGCAAUCUGCUAGCGAAGAUUUCAACGAACGUUAAGCUACGACCACUCCCUUGCGAUUGGCCCGCCUGCCAACGAAAUCGAAGCGUCGAGUGGACGUACUUCCGGGAACGAGAUUUUCCGGAUUUUCCGGAAGGUGGUUUCAAUUUAGAACGAACGAUAACAACACAUGGUUCCAUUCUGAACACGUGAGAAGAAGCAAAAAACCAGGCGCACCCCGACAGCUAACGAAAACAGAACACUAAUCUAGGUGUAAACAUUCGGAGCACUGAGUGACCUACAAAGAAAGAAAAAAAACACAGUAAAAAGACAUGAGUGAACCGCAGAACCUGGUGCCGCCGGGUCGACCAACGCCGGGUGCGUCCCGCCGGGCAAAGCGUGCCGGCGAUGCUAUCGUGACGACGUCAACACCCACCACCAAUGGCAAAACUAUUGUCGCCGAGCAGAAGUUUGAAGGACUCACGCUGGAAGGCGUCAGCCAGAAUUUGGUCGACAUCCGGUCGGACGAUAACGAAGUUGAAGCGGUCAAUCGGGAAGAGGAAAUCAUCAAAAAGCGCAAAACUGAACUGACCACAACGCGCCAAAUCGAGACCCGCAUCAAGCGCCAGCUGGUGUUCGAGGAUGGCAAAGUCAUUGAAGAUUCCGGUCCGAUGGUGUCCACCAAUACCACCGAGGACACCGACCGGCAGGAGACGGUGCAAACUGAGCACCGUACCCUGGGUGAUCCGGAGUCGGCGUCGGAGGAAAACGUUACCAGAACGCAGGCCGUCGAUUCUGGUGGGACACCGGUUCUCGCCGCCGGAAACGAUGGCCCGCAGAAACUAGUCAGUGACGGUGGCGGCGGCGGCGGCGACGAUAGUAGCAAUAACAGCAACAAACCAAAGAUCAUCAGUGCCAUCGUGGCCCGGCCCGAUGGACUGCUGAAGAACACCAAGGAGGAGGUGGAGGUCUCCCGGGAGGAGACCAAGGAGUGUACGGUUGUGGCCGAGCGGAAGCAUUACGGCGAUUUCACCGAUGAUGCGUAUUUACGUGCCAUCAACAGCGGUGUGGACGAUAUCCGCGAGCUGUUGCUGUCGGAGGAGGCCCGUCUCGAUCUGGCCCCGUCCGGUCCGCAGUUGGUAAGCCACAGCACCAAGUCGCGGAAGGUCAUCGAUAGCGAGGAUACGGACGUGCAGCUGUCGGCCCGCCCGGACGGCACGCUGGUGACGGAGAAAACCCAAACGCGACAGCACGAGGUCCUGUUCGACGACGAUCUGCCCGGUGACGAACGGUUGAGUACCGGGCUCGAUCAGGUGGACUGUGCCGAACGGAUCCUCGACCAGAAGACUUCGUCCCAGCGUUACUUCAAGCAGCGCGAUGAACAGCACGUGGAUCUGAUCGGACCGGGUGGCCAAGUGCUGGGCAACGAGAUGCGUUACGCGGCGGAAACUUCGCAGAUGGAGAAGGACGGCAAUCGGCCGGAGAAUCUGCUGUCGGAAUGGGACAGCCUUUCGGAUCGGCUACGGAAAGCGCGCCGUCUGGGACGGCACUCUACGCCGAAGGAAGCGGUACUGGGUGCGGCAACGGGUACCCCCGGAUUACCGACGGCGCUGGUCGAUCGGACCGAUGCGCUGACCAAACGUCCGUUGGAUUUUGACCGGGAAGAUGAGACACGAAAGCAGGAGACCAACAAAUGGUUGGAGAGUCAUUUCGGUAGCGAGUCGCGGUCGUCGCGGGGUUCCCGAGAUGACCUGGACGAUAUCGUGGAACCGACGAAAAAGACAUACUUUAAUGUGACGAUUAAAAGCGCAGGCGAUGGACCGGAAGAGCUUCGUGGCAGCAGUCAUAAUCUGUACAAGAGUCACCAGUUGAGUGCACCGGCGAAGGUGAUUUUUCCGGAACGUGAAGAACCGGUUGGAAGAAAAUAUUUUCAGGGAGUGAGCGAAUGGAACGACAGAAAUCGAUACACUAAUGGCAGAGGAGGUUCCAGAGAAAAUCUGAUCGACAACGAGGAGUACGGCUUUAAAAAGCAAAAGGAUUUUCGCUUUGAAGACAGUAAAAACUCCUAUAAGGAAGAUUCUGCGUACGUUUCUUCGUCAACGUUUUUCACAACUCCCAGAUCUCCGAAACACUUGAAGGAUAGUAAUUUCAAUGCAAGAUACGGACGGGAUGCUCGCUCGGUGUCACCCGAUCGGAUCGAGUUCAUACCGGAUGAACGGCCAAUGGUACCGCAAAGAAAGAAAGUUCUCGAACGAAAGCUAACCAAUGGUAGUGGUAUGAUGACCCCGGUGAAACCGGUAGCUGUGGAACCGCAGAUCAUUCAAUACGCUCCCCGUAGUCGUUCGAUUUCACCCAUUCAAAUCCCCCCGGUGACUACAACCCUGCGAAAACCAUAUCAAAAGACUCGGUUCAGUAGCAUUCAAGAUCUAAGUCACACCUCCAGAGGUACGGGACCGAUUCCGACACGAGCCCAGAGCAAUCCUCCCAAAAGCAAAGUUGGUUCAGCCAUCGGCAAUAGCAUCCGAAAGUUAGUGGGGAAAAUACGCUCAGCGAGUGCCGAACGUAAGCUUCGAUUAAAAUCUGCCAAACAUCGUUCCCCCUCGCCAUCGUCGUCCGCUGCCAAACGUAACAGUUCAUCCAGUGCGACCUACCAGCAGUAUAACGUCAUUGACGGUCACAUUGGAGGACGAGGAUAUUCACCAACACCACCACCACCGCAACCACCGCCACUGCCAGCAACAUCAGCAACAGCGACAAUUCUUCAAAACCAGUCUCACCCCCAGCAUCAGCAGCAGCAGCAUCAGCGCCACCAGUCACAGUCGAACGGCGUCAGUCACAAACAGAACGGCAACAUUUCCAGACGUGAUCGCGAGCGCACCGAUCCGCACAGUUACGACCAGCGUCGGGGUUCUUCCGAUAUCGUGUCCGACAUGACGACCAACAGCGGGGGACCGAUCCCCAAGCAGAAGUACUACCUCGGCGAGAAUCCCUACGGCGGCAGCAUCUUUGGCAAGGAGAACAAAUACGACGGAAAGGGUCGCAGUCUGGUGCAUUCGCAAUUGCAGUCACAGCCGCAGCCGCAGCCGCCGGCUCAGCUGCAACGGAGUGAAGAACGGAUCGUGGCGUCGUCCCACACCAGAAGUAACAGCCAACCGCCCCCACCGACCGUAACGACACUCGGGCGCUACAGUAAGAGCACAAACCGGUUGCCCACGGGCAGCAACGGGCACCACCAGGAGCACAGCACGCAGUCUUCUUCCAAUUACUACCACAGCAGCUCGCAGACGCUGCCCCGCAAGCUGUACGAGCAAAAGGCGAAAGCAAAGCCUCUCCAUUCGUCCACCAUCAAUGUGUCAAUCGUCAACACGGUAAGCCCGUCGCCGCAACCGCCGCUUGUCAACACGGGCCCGGUGAAACCGGCUCGAACCUACAAGGCACUGAACCGGAGCAAAUCGUUCAACGUACAUGGUCUCAACGGAACCAACGAUCCUAGUCCGAUCUAUCUGGAGAAGGUGAACCGCAACAACUACAGCACGUUCUACCGGUCGAACUCCCAUCUGGACGAUUUGCAGCAAACUCCCUCCCGGCAUCAGAACGAAUCGAUGCAACUGAAAAGUCCCUCGAUCGUUAAUCUGAUCACCCGGAGCACCCGGGACCUCACCCAGAGUCCGCUGUACGAAGACGAACGCAUGCAGUCCCGAACCGAGUACUACAACGAAUAUUCUGCCAAUAAGAAAAAUGUCUUCCUUAAAAACCUCCAGAAUCGGGCACCGGAAUUGUAUCGUACGCUGCACGGCCAUAGCAAUGGGAGCACAGAUCCGAACGGGCCCUCCCGAGAUUAUCUGAAUACGUACAUUAGUCGAGAGCAGGAAUCUUCGCUCGGGUCCCGUUCGCCGCUCACCAUCAACAAGGACACCGCAAGCAUCGUCCGUCGGGGCAGUUCGAGCACAGAGGACUACUCGGAGUCGUACAAAAUUACGCAGAAAUCGGAGGAUCCAGCACGGCCGGGAGUGACCAACACGAUACGGAAUUUCAGCAAGAAAACCGUCCCUUCCAAGGACGGACGGGGAAUGCAAACCAUCGAAACGAGUGAGGUUCGUACGACCAGCAGCAGUCGCUACCGGGGGGGUGAUCAACCGGCGGCACUCAAGUAUCAGGAGUUUCGCAACGGAAUGUCACACGGAAACGGCGGUGCCGGUGGCGUCGUGAUCGAACUACGGGGUAACUCGUAGGAUUGUGACGUUUUUAACCCUCCCCUUUUUUUGAAACAUUCAUUUAUUUUUUUUAAAUAAAAAGAUUUUCUACUUGUGCCAGAACUUUGAGAAACGUCCUUCACUUCUUCCUUGUACUUAAGGCAACUAAUCAAGAAGCGAAAAAUAUAUCUUAUGCUAACCAGUGAUAAGUAUAUUUAAGUUUUUACUUUUUCUUCGCGAAGGCAAUAACGAACUGUAAAAUAAAGUAACAAGUGUGAAAAUA